AUGGCACUUUAUUCGAUCUGCUUCUAUGUCUGCUGGAAGAUUAUCAAUCGCUCAGGCCUCAAUGGACCGAAAGAUGUGGAUCUUGUUUGGGAGCGUUUACAAGUCGAUGCUCACGAGGCCACCGUUGUUGAUGAGGAAACAACAUUCCGGGGCGAAAUUGAGCAGCUUUUCUACAUAAAACGCAAAUCACCCUCUCCUACUUGA